CCCAUUCUUUCCAAAGUGUGGCAAAAAUAACCACAUGCCUUUCUUGGCCUCUCGACUCUCACCCCAGAGGGUUUUCUUGUAUAGGAACCAACAAUGCCUUGGAUGGAAACUCUGGAUAGGCUAGUCAUUAUUUUAAGAUUUAGGAGAUUGCAGAUUCUUGGCAGACCUUGGUUGUUUUUCUAGAGUAGUAGGCAAGUAGUUGGACAAAAAGCAAGGAGCCGAUCCAUGUUGCUGGCUUUGGGUUCUUCGUGAACAAAUGAGACAAGCAGUAAGAAACUAAUACAACCUAUUGCGAGCAAUCAGAUCACGCCUGCUAGCUUGAGAGAGGAAUGAGUUGACAAAUUGAUGGCUCCGCGUGAAUCUUCAUACGGUUUCCCCGACCGCCGUCCCCCCUGUUCGGUUUCAGUAUAUGUGUCGCCAAAGGGAGCAGUCGUGUCCCUCCUUGUGGAGAGAAGGGAACCGAGACCGAGAGAGAGAGAGGCCAGUGUCCAAGGCCCCACAGGAAGUGAAGGGAAGAGCUGGCAGGAGGGAGAUAUGCCGGCUCUGUCCAAUCUGACGCAGACGCUGGAAGAUGUCUUCAGAAGGAUUUUUAUUACUUAUAUGGACAACUGGCGCAGGAACACGACAGCUGACCAAGAGGCCCUACAAGCCAAGCUCGAUGCUGAGAACUUCUACUAUGUCAUCUUGUACCUCAUGGUGAUGAUCGGCAUGUUCUCCUUCAUCAUCGUCGCCAUCCUGGUGAGCACGGUGAAAUCCAAGCGACGAGAGCACUCCAACGACCCCUACCACCAGUACAUCGUGGAAGACUGGCAAGAGAAGUACAAGAGUCAAAUUUUGAAUCUAGAAGAAUCAAAGACCACCAUCCACGAGAACCUCGGGGCAGCAGGGUUCAACAUGGCUCCUUGAUGAGGAGGAAAGGCGUCAAGCCAACAGCGGACACCUGGAUGUGAAGAGACACCUGUGCCGUGGAGCAAAUGCAAGUUGUCACUGCUUAGACGACACUAAGCUCCUUGCUUUCUGUUGAGAAUUUUCAUGGAGAGCCUGUGGCAACUCAACUAAGAUGACAAUGGUAAUCUCAGUGUGAUUUAGACUUGCUCAUCAGAGCCGUGUUUUAUGCUGAAGAUCCCUUUUACUUUCUGUGCAACGUAAAUGUCACUUUAGUCAAUGUCAAAUUUGACACAUUUUGUCGAGUGAGUGGAAAUAAAGUCAACUUUGAAGGACA